AUGUUUAUUCUAUCUAUCUAUCUAUCUAUCUAUCUAUCUAUCUAUAUAUCUAUCUAUCUUUCUGCUUGUUCUUUAAUAGCUAUCGAUGUUCUUUUAUCAAUCCAAUUUCUUUUCUAUCUAUCUAUCUAUCUAUCUAUCUAUCUAUCUGUCGGUCUUUUACAUUUUCCCCUUUAUUUUUGGGUUCUUUCUCCUUCUGUUGUUAUUCUUUCCAUUGAAUCCUGUUCUUUCUUUUAUUUUCACAAUCUACCAUACUUUUAUUUUUGUUUUCUUUUUUCUUUUACUUACUCAUUUUUCUUUCUUUUUUUUUUUUCUUUCUCAUACGACGGCUUUUACAGUUUCUUUUUGUUGCUAUCUCCCUCUUUAACUUUUUACGCUUCCCUUUUAUCUUUCUUUCUUCCUUCUUUCUUUCUUUCCUUCUUUCUUUCUUUCUUUCUUUCUUUCUUUCCUUCUAUCUUUCUUUCUUUCUUCCUUUCUUUCUUUCAUAUUCGGCGGUUUUUACAGUUUGUUUCUGUUAUUAUCUCCCUCUUUAACUUUUUACGCUUCCCUUGUCUCUUUCUUUCUUUCUUUCUUUCUUUCUUUCUUUCUUUCUUUCUUUCUUUCUUUCAUUCCUUCUAUCUUUCUUUCUUUCUUUCUUUCUUUCACAUUCGGCGGUUUUUACAGUUUCCUUCUGUUGCUUUCUCCCUCUUUAACUUUUUACGCUUCCCUUCUCUCUUUCUUUCUUUCUUUCUUUCUUUCUUUCUUUCUAUCUAUCUUUCUUUCUUUCUUUCUUUCACAUUCGGCGGUUUUUACAAUUUCUUUCUGUUAUUAUCUCCCUGUUUAAUUUUUUCGCUUCCCUUGUCUAUUUCUUUUUCUUUCUUUCUUUCUUUCUUUCUUUCUUUCUUUCUUUCUUUCUUUCUACCAUUAUUUUCGAUUUUUUUUUGUUUGCUUCUUUUCUUUCGUCGUUUUUUCUUCAUUAUUUUCCCGUUUUCAUUUCUUUUUUCCUUUUUCGCUUAUUUCUGUUUUGAUUUCCAGUUUAAUUUCUCCAUUUUUGUUUUGCCUUUUUAUUUUUAUUCCGAACAGUUUUUUCUCCUUUCAUUUUGUCAAUCUUCAUUUAAUUUUUAUUUUCUAUGGUUGCCUUUUACUUCCACAUUUCUCUUUCUCCGUUUUUUUUCUUCUCUUCUCUUUUCCUCUUUUUCUUUUCCCUUCCAAUCCCCAUUCAUCUCCUCUGUGUCUUUCCCGCCUUAUUUCGGUGUCACUCUUUCAACACGUAUUUUUAUUUUUACCCUCCUUCUUUUCCUGCUCGUUUAA